AUGGAAAGUACAAGAACCGAGAGUGUCCCGGGUGUAGAUAUUCCUACCUUUAGAGAAUUAGUGAUUGCUCAGCAAGAUAAAAGGAGUUGUAGAUUAGAAAAUAAGUUCGUUGAAAGAAUGGAAGAAUCUUUAGUCAGAUGGAAACCUGGUGUUUCCUCGCAUCGGGGCACACUCAUGGCAAUUGAUGGGGUACACCCUUAUCAAUUACUCACUGGAGACCGCAACAACACUAAAAGAAGUAUAACAUCUAAAUUGAACACAGAGAAAUUACAUUUUUCUUCUUUCUAUAAGUUGAAAGACGACAAUUCUGUUCAGAGCAAAGGUAGCGUAAUCCAAAAUUUUAUAAGAUGGGUUUAUGAUAUAGAUUCCAACAAGGAUAUUGAUGGUAAUAAUAAUAAUAAUAAUAAUAAUGAAGAGUUAGAAGAUAAUCUAUCCUUCGAUCACGAUGGUUUAUCCUUUAUGCUUACAUCAACAGGUAAUAAUUCUGAUGUGACAGGGACUCCCAUUAUGUACCCUCGCGCCGCACGGCUAAAACCAAAACAGAUCGUAGGGGAGGAUACAAAUCAUCUUCAAUAUAUGACCCACCCAUUAGGCGCCACAGAAAGAGCAUUGUAUGAAUUAUAUUAUAAUAAUCCUAUACCUGUCAACUAUUUGGAGGCGACAAUGCAAACUAAUAAUGAAAAUAUUGCUACCGAUACUAACAGGGAGCAUUGUAAUUUAGUUCAAAACAGAGGCUCUGUUGAAAAGGAUGGGUUUCAUGAUUGUAUAUCAUGCAACACUCUAAUAGAAAUGCUUCCAUGUUUGCAAUUGAAUAACAGUGCUUCUCUCAAUAAUACGAAUAGCAAUUAG